UGACCUUUGGAUAUCUAGAAAGAAAACGGUUUAUUUUUCACUUUCCUUUCCCUCAAAUUCUACAGGCAACAGGAGGGGUACAUAUGUAAAUUCAUUCUCUUAUUUGGGCACAAAGUCGAAAUUUCUCCGCUGCUGUCCUCUCUUUGCAUUUCAGAAGCUUCUAUCUCUCAACAAAAAUUAGGGCUUUUUAUUAAACCGUUGGUUGAAUUUGAAUUGAUUUUGGGCAAAAUUUGAGGCAUUUUGUGGCUUCGUUUUCUUUUUCUUUCCUUUUUGUUGCAUCAGAGUAUCUUUCCGACACUGAAAAUUGGGAGCUUCGCUGGUAUAGAUGUAAAUUCGACUUGAAGUUUGGGCAAAUCUCCAGGAAAAAUUAUCGCUUUGAUAUAUAGAAAAUAUGAAGCGGUUGAGAUCGAGCGAAGAUCUCGAUUCCUAUGAGAAAAAUGCGAGCAAAGAGUCGAAUCAGAAUCAAAAUCGAUCAUCGUCUCAUCGAAGCGGCAAUAGCAGCAGCUUUUACUACAAGCCAUCUUCAGCCUCCGAUAGCAACGCCCGCGCCAAAAGCAAUUUGAUCUCAUCUUCUUCGUUGCGUUAUGAUCGAGACCGAUCCGUGGCUGAUGAGGAUAGCGGCAGGGAGAGGGAAAGAGAGAGGCUGGUUCGGAAGCGGUCAGAGCAUGAUUUCGAGAGCUUUGAUAGGCGAAAAUUAGGUUUUGAUCGGUACAGAGAGAGUGGUAGCAGUAGUAGCCUCCAUAGGUCGGAGAACUUCUGUGGGCCUCGCAGAGAGUUUCCAAAGGGGUUCCGAUCAGAAAGGGAUCGAACUCGGCGCGAAACUGGGAGUGCGAGCUCGUGGCGAAGGUUUGGAAUUGAUGAAAGUAGAGGAAGUAGUAAGGUGCAACUGAGGGAUAUUAGGGAUAUGAAAUCACCAACGUGGUCGAGGGAGGCAAGGGAGAGGGAGGAUAUGAGGAGGAGAAGCUCCAAAUCGAAGUCUAAGUCGAGGUCACCAACAUUGUCAAGGGAUUCAGGCAGUGAGCAGUCUAAGAGUGUUGGUGCUGGCGGUGAUGGUGCUGGAGAGGUAAAGAAGAGUGAGGAAACACUGGUGGAGAGUGAUACUAGUAGUGAGAUGGAGGAAGGUGAAUUUGAUCCUGAACCUCAGGGUGGGCCUGAACCUGAGUUGGCUACUGAAGCUGGGAUCGAAAAUGAUGGGAAAGAGUGUAGUCAAGGAAAACUGGAGAAUGAUGGUGGUGAAAUGAAUUCGAAUGAGAAGGUUGUGGAGGAGGUUGAGAAGGAGAUUGGGAAUGAGGGAAAAGUUAGGGGGAAGGAAGAUGAUGAGUUGCAAGAUUGUGGAAAGAGCUUGAAUGGUGGAGCUAGUGGUAGUGGGGAAAAGAUGGAUGAUGUGGAUGGUGAUGGAGUUGGAAAGGAGGAAGAAGGUGAGAAGGUUGGUGGUGAAUGUGAGGACGAUAGUAGUAAAGAUGCAGUUGUGCAGAAGUUAUCCUGUUUGGAAGAGAAUUGUAAGGAGGAUAAAGGGAUUGAUCUUGAGAUGCAGCUCGAGGAAUGUGAGGCAGCAGAGUUUAACAAGGAAGUCACGGAGGAAAAUGGUGAGCAUAAAAUAAAUCUGGAUGCGGUAGAGAUAGGUUUGAAUCAGAAUGCCAAGGAUAAAGGGAAAGGUGUUGCUGUUGAAUCAAAAAGUGCAGUAGAUUCUGCAGAAAAUGGGGUAUGGAUUGACAGGGAAGCAAAAAAUGCUGAUGUUGAUUUAGAAGGGCCGAGUACUAGGGGUUUUGAAUUGUUCUCUUGCUCUCCUGUUAGGAGAGUGGAAAAGGCAGAGCAGUCAAGUGUUGAUAAGCAGAAAGAUGAUAAAUUGGCAUUGGAAUCACUUGAUCUUUCUCUUAGUUUACCAAAUGUGUUGUUGCCUAUUGGUGCUCGAGAUACAGAUGCUGUUCCUGGCUCCCCUAGCCACGGGAGGAGUUUACAGUCCUUAACAAACACAUUUUGUACCAACUCUGAUAGGUUUACUGCAUCUAUGUCCUUUUCCGGUUCCCAGUCAUUUUACCAUAAUCCAAGUUGUUCUUUGACUCAGAAUUCCGUGGACAACUGUGAACAAUCUGUUCACAGCCGCCUCAUGUUUCAGGGAGUAGAUCAACUUUCUCAAGGAGCAUGGCAGUCUCAGAAUGAGUCUAGGCAUAAAGAUGUUCCCAUGUUUCAGAGAAUUUUGAUGAAUGACAAUGGCUCUUUUAGUCAGUCCCAAGCAUCGCAGGGCAUUGCAAAUAAUCAGGUGCAAGCACAAAAUAUUCGCACUUUAGAAGGAAGCUCAAAGAUGCCCAAUGGACUUGAGAGGCAGUUAAGUUUUCAUAAACAGAAUGAUGUCAGGUCCCCAUCACAGAGUGUUGGAUCUCAUGAAAUUGGUUCAAAUUACAGCUUUGAGAAGAAGCGAGCCAUGAGAGAGAAGCAUGGUGGUCGCUUAUAUAGGAGUAGUAGCCAGAAAGAGCAAGAACAACUUCUGAUAGGUGGAGCUGAUUUUGUUGAGACGAUAAUAAGCAGGAUGGUUUCUGAGCCAAUCCAUGUUAUGGCUAGGAAGUUUCAUGAAAUGACAGGACAAUCAAUUGCAUGUCUAAAAGAGAGUAUUCGGGAGAUUAUGUUAAGUGUGGAUAAGCAUGGACAGCUUCGUGCAUCUCAGGAUGCCCUAAGGAACCGGUCUGAUUUAACCCUUGAAAUGCUGCUAAAAUCGCAUCGGGCUCAACUGGAGAUCUUGGUUGCCCUGACAACUGGUCUACCUGAUUAUCUUCAGGUAGACAACAGUAUUUCAUCUUCUGAUUUGGCUGAGAUCUUUCUGAACUUAAGAUGCAGAAAUCUUAUGUGUCGGAGUCCUGUGCCUGUGGAUGAAUGUGAUUGCAAGGUUUGCUCAAAGAAGAAUGGUUUUUGCAGCUCUUGUAUGUGUCUUGUAUGUUCAAAAUUUGACAUGGCAUCUAAAACUUGUAGUUGGGUUGGUUGCGAUGUGUGUCUUCAUUGGUGCCAUGCUGAUUGUGGAUUAAGGGAAUCUUAUAUUAGGAAUGGACAUAGUGCAGCUGAGAUGCAGUUUCAUUGUGUUGCCUGUGAUCAUCCUUCUGAGAUGUUUGGCUUUGUAAAGGAGGUGUUUCAGAAUUUUGCAAAGGAGUGGACGCUUGAAACUUUUUCCAAGGAACUUGAAUAUGUCAAGAGGAUCUUUGCUGGCAGCAAAGAUGUGAGAGGGAAACGGCUACAUGAAAUUGCAAACCAAAUGCUUGUUAGAUUGGCAAAAAAGUCUGACUUUCCUGAGGUUUAUAGUCAGAUAAUGAGCUUCCUGGCUGACAGUGAUUCUUCCAAGCCUGGCAACACAGUUUUAUCUGGAAAAGAACAAGGCAAAGGAAUCAACGGGACAGCUGGGCCUAGUCAGGAUGCUACAUGGCUCAAAUCUGUUUAUUCAGAUAAAGCCCCUCAAUUAGAAAGUUCAUCUAGCCUGCUUCCUAGUUUCCAUGUUGACCGAACUGACCGGCCUGACAAACGCCCUCUUGAGUCAGAGUUGCAGAGUGCUCAAAAGCAUUCAUUUUUUCCUGAACUGGAGAGCUUCAUAAGAAUCAAACAGGAGGAGGCCAAAAUGUACCAAACGCGUGCUGAUGCUGCAAGAAGAGAAGCUGAUGGCCUGAAACGAAUUGCAAUCGCAAAGAAUGAAAAGAUUGAAGAAGAGUAUAUGAGUAGAAUCACAAAAUUACGCCUGGUCGAGGCUGAAGAACUGCGUAAACAAAAGUUUGAAGAAUUCCAAGCUCUAGAUAGAGCAUGCAGGGAAUACUACGUUAUGAAGGCAAGAAUGGAAGCAGAUAUUAAAGAUCUUUUGUUGAAAAUGGAGGCCACAAAACGAAACCUUGCCAUGUGAUUUGCUACUUGACCGGUUCUUCACUUUCACUUAGAACUGUUAUUGUCUCAGGUUAAUUUCAACUUAGUGAAGAAAUUUGUGUUCUAUAAUGUUUAUUUUUAGGUGUUUUGCAAUUUAGAUUCUGUACUUCCUUCUCCAAUGCUAACCAGAAUAUGUACAGGGAUGCAACAUCUCUAAAUAUCUUAAACAUCCUAUUUACCAAUGCUUAUCUGAGAGAGAGGUUGUUUAUCAAGUCUUUU